AUGGCGCCCGCAAGACCAUUGAAACGUCAAAAGACCAACACAGCCGAAGUUCCUCAGACCUCCCAAGUACAGGCUGCCCAAGUGCCUCUGCCUCCAGUCACUCCAUCCGAGGCUACCAUAUCAAGCCCAACGGCCCCUACUCCUCCCAAGCAAGAGGCUCGUUCAUCCUUCUUCAGCCGUACAUGGCCUCGCAAAGCUGCCCCUCACACCGACGUCGCACGUGAGAGCGCCACUUCAACCACCAGCACUGCUCAGGAAACUGCCGUUGUAGUCAGGGAAAAAAUAAGGCCUCAACGCUCGCCCUCCAUUGCUAUGACCUUAGGGAAAUCUUCCUCAUACCGGUCAAACCGAUCACUCCCCGCCGAUGCUACAGCCACCCUCGUCAAUGCUACCCCCAAAAACCCAAUCGAAAAUGGAGCUUCCAAGUCCCAAGCCGAGCCCUCAGGAGAAUCCAAGGACGAAGAGUCGGUGAACAAGGUGAAAGCUGAUGUAAAAGGCAUUUCUGAGCCAAAGAACGAGGUCCCAGCUACGCUGAAGCCCGAGCCACUACCCGCAGGCCAGCCUCAACAACCGCUGCCACAAGAAGGCCAAGCCGGCUGGUUAGCCUGGCUCUCGAGGAGGGAUAUCCCUGCGAACAAACCUUCGGAGUCGCAACUUCUGACCCAGCAAGAGUUGACGGAUACACCCAAAACUCCGAUCAAUGGAUCAGUCAAUCCACCAGAUAAGAUGCGUGAUGGAUCUUCUGCAGCCCAGAAUGCUGUGGAACAGCCACCGGAAGAGAAUACAGAACAGACAGUGCCAUCACCGCCGCCAAAUAAUAAGCGGAGUUGGUACCAAAUGUGGAACAGCGACACAUCUACUGUACCUGGAAAGACCGAACAACCCAACAAACAGCCUCAGAGAAUCGACGCGGCAAGUCAGAUGCCUCCAAAUACUCCAACGCAGUACCUUCAUAUUCCAAGUACCCCAAAGUCCAAGGAAGCAUCACAAGCAUCAUCCCUCGAAACCUCCCCGCCUCCACCACUACCUGGCGAUGCUUCCAAAUCCUCAGGAUGGGUUUUCUGGUCGCGAGACCGGAAUCAACCUGCUACUGCCAAGUCUGAUAGCGACCCACAUGUGGGUGAGAUUGCCAUCUCGGAUACCCCAUCACAAGCCAGACCCAAAAGAGCAUCCAUAAGUCUUCCGGAUGAGGAGAGGAAGCCUGUUUUUCAGCCUGCGCUACAGGAGCAAAAAUCCAAAAAGGGCAAGGAUCCAAAAUCAAUCCAGGCAGAUACCGCCAGUGCCAAGAAACAAUCAGAGAAGGACUCGGAGACGAAAGAGCUGUCAACACUCAAGUCGGCGAAGAAAACGACUCGAGGCACAUUAACAAAAGCUGAAUCUUCUAAGGCCGCUGCCACGGCAAGAGAACCAGUAGAAGUCAGCACACCAAGGGCUGCGUCACCUGUACCUACAAAAACGGAAGUCCCUAAUUUGUUAUUGCCGCAAUUCACAGAUACCCUUAGCCCCGAAGAACACCCAUCGAUCUUGCAGCAACUUGCCAGGCUGUUAUACUAUACAAAAGAACCGGACUUUAAGCACCUCCAUAUCGUGAAAGACCCGCCACGGAUAGCGAAUGCCCUUGCUAUUGGAGUUCAUGGGUAUUUUCCAGCUCCUUUGAUUCGAAGUGUUCUCGGUCAACCAACUGGCACAUCAAUCAAAUUUGCCGACAUGGCCGCUUCAGCCAUCAAAAGAUGGACGAAGAAUCGUGGGUUCAAUUGUGAGGUCAAAAGUGCAGCUCUUGAAGGCGAAGGGAGGAUUGCCGAACGCGUGGAACUCCUCUGGAAGCUCCUCCUCAACUGGAUCGAUGAGAUUCGCAAGUCUGAUUUUGUCAUGAUUGCUUGCCAUAGCCAGGGAGUACCCGUUGCCAUCAUGUUGGUCGCCAAGUUAAUCGCAUUUGGAUGCAUCAGCGGCGCUCGGGUAGGGAUAUGCGCGAUGGCUGGCGUCAAUAUGGGCCCUUUCCAAGAGUACAAAUCGCGAUGGAUUAGCGGCAGUGCUGGCGAACUCUUUGAGUUUUCUGAUCCAAACAGCAAGGUUUCUACCGACUACAUGGCGGCAACCGAGGAGAUUUUGAAACACGGAGUCCGGCUGACCUAUACCGGAAGCAUAGAUGACCAGCUUGUAUCUAUGGAGUCCUCUAUCUUUGCCCCCAUCACUCAUCCUCAUAUCUACCGAGCAGUCUUCAUCGAUGGCCGGAUUCACGCUCCCAACUUUUUGUCACAUCUCGUUGGAUUUGCGCUGAAACUGCGGAAUGUUGGUGUUCCUGACCAUGGCCUGAUUCGUGAAUUAUCCCCUCCCCUGGCUGGAAGUCUUUACACUGGUGAAGGACACUCCCGAAUAUACGACGAUGAUACUGUUUACGAUCUAGCCAUCGCAUUCGCCUUGGAAACCAACACGCUGAAAGAAGUACCAGUAUCCAAGCGACCAACAGCCAGCAAUGCAGCAAAUCCCUAUAUUCUACCCUUUGCUAUGCGAGGCAUCCUAGAAGAGGACUAUGUCAAGACCGAGUUACAGGCAGAGGCUAGAGAUUUGCUCGCGCAGUUUGAUGACUGGAAGCCUACCACAAAAGCGCUUAAAGACGUUAAGUUUCGCUUGGAAGGCAUUAGAUCGAAAUUGUAA